AUGCAGCUCUCCUACGUCCUCGUCCUCGGCCUCGGCCUCGCCUCAUCCGCCUCGGGCUACGUCGUCACGAUGUACAAGGACCCCAGCUGCCGCGGCGCAUCCAGACGGCUCAACGUUUGGGACAACACGUGCUCCAACCCGGGGUUCGACCCAAAGUCCGUCCGGGUCGAGGUCUUUGGAAGUGCGCCGCAGAACGCGCGGUUCUACUCCGAGGCCAACUGCCUCGCCGGCACGGUGCUGCAGGGGCCCUGGCGCGCUGACCACGAGAACUACUCGUGGAAGAUCGGCGCCUGCCUCGACAUGAAGGGCUGGAGCAUCAAGUCCUUCGGGUCCCGCAUCGGUUGA